GUCGAUUUGUAGGUUAUGUUAUUAUGUUUUUAUUCAAAACUUAGAGUGAAAUUUUUAGGUAUCUAUAUUAUUAUUAAGCUAUUUUACCCAUAGAAAUAAUAAAACUAACUUUAUAAUUUUAACACAGUUAAUAUAUAAAUAGAACAGACCGAAAAUGGUAAUUUACGAGGACAAAAUUAUUCUUGCUCCUAUGGUUCGAAUCGGGACUCUGCCAAUGCGCUUGCUUGCUUUACGAUACGGGGCCGAUCUCGUCUAUUCAGAAGAAUUGAUUGACUGGAAGUUUUUAAGAUCUAAGAGGACAGUAAAUGACAUCCUACGUACAGUUGACUAUGUUGAUCAAACUGAUGGCACCAUUGUGUUUAGGACAUGUAAUGAAGAAAAAGAAAAAGUUAUUCUACAGUUAGGAACAUGUGAUGCGGGGCGGGCUUUAAAAGUUGCUAAACUUGUUGAGAAUGAUGUAGCUGCAAUUGAUAUAAACAUGGGAUGCCCAAAGGAGUUCUCUAUUAAAGGUGGAAUGGGAGUGGCUCUCUUGGCACAGCCAGACAAAGCAUACAACAUUCUUAAAACAUUAGUUGACAAUCUGUCUAUACCAGUAACUUGUAAAAUAAGGAUUCAAGAGACACCUGAGAAGACUCUUGAGCUGGUGGAAAAGUUGGCUAGUUCAGGAAUAUCAGCUAUUGGCAUCCACGGCCGCACUCGGGACGAGAGGCCCCAGCAUGCAGUACAUACUGAUUUUAUUAAAUAUGUGUCUCAGAGAAUAUCUAUACCAGUUAUUGCUAAUGGUGGUUCUAAAGAAAUAGAAAAAUAUGGUGAUAUUUUCAAGUUCAAAGAUCUUUGUGGUAGCAGCAGUGUGAUGUUGGCUCGAGCUGCAGAAUGGAACUGCUCCAUAUUCAGAAAAGAAGGCCUUCUACCUAUGGACACUGUUAUCAAAGAUUAUCUCAAACUGGCUGUGGAUUAUGACAACUCUCCAUCUAACACCAAAUACUGCAUUCAGAAUAUACUAAGGGAAUUGCAAGACACACCUAGAGGAAGGCAGUUUUUGGAUUGCCAAACAUUAAAACAAAUGUGUGCAAUAUGGGAUUUAGAAGAUUACUGUUUUAAGAAACAAUCAGAGUACCACAAUAUGGGUAUAGCCAGUCGUUGGCAAGUCAAUCCUAUCAACUUAGAACCACCAAAUAAGAAAUGCAAAACUGAAGACACUAAUACUGAUAUUAUUCAAAGCAAGGUAUGUUUCAUAAGAGCCAACUUUACAGAUGUAAGUUUACCAAAAAGUAGGCUUCAUGUGUGGGCAGGAAAGAAUGACCUAAAAUUACCAACUUAUGAGACUCAACAAGUGGAAAAGUUAUUCCAAACUGUGUUAACAUUUGAUGGCAAAAAAUAUUCAUCCACUUUUUGGGAAAAGAACAAAAAGUUCGCUGAGCAAGGAGCUGCACUAGUAUGUUUAAAUGCCCUGGGAAUAGUGACAGAAGAGGAGUUGCUAAAAAUGGGGAGCAUAAUAAAGUAGUCCAAGAUACUA